AUGGCGUUCUUCAAGAGCUUCCAACAAAACUUGCCCACCAUCAACGUCACCUCCCUCUUGGACUCGGUCUCCAGCAAAGUGGAUGACCUCUCCAUGGCCGUGAGCGACGCCACCUACACGGUGAGCGACCAGCUGACGGAGAAGGUGAGCACCAUCAUCAGCAAGGUAGAGGAGGAGAGGGCCCGCAAGGCAGAGGAGGCAGAGGAGGCUGAGUUGGCGGCCCAGGCAGCAGCCGAGGAGGAGGAGGAGAGGAGUGCCUCUGGCAGGGGCAAACUGAGACGCCAGGAGCAGCAGUCCAGUCCGGACCCUGGAGAUCAAAGCAGCAGCUUCCUGAGCAAGGGCCGGUCGUGGUUUAGUGGAGGACAACAGCAGCAGGAAGAGGAGAGGAAACAAAGGGAAGAGGAGAAGAGGCGAAAGGAGGAAGAAAAGAGAAGAAAAGAAGAGGAGAGAAGAAGAGCACAAGAGGCAGAGGAGGAAGAGGAGCAGAACAUUGAAGAAGAGGAGGAAGACGAUGAAUGUUCAAGAAGAAACAAGUUCCGUAAAGGCACUGAGCAGGGCUCCUCAGAGAGCGAAGAAGAGAGGCCGUGGACCCAACCUCAGCGGGCCUCGGGCUGGGGAAACAACGGCAGCACCAAGCAGUCGGAGAAAGAGGCCUACAACAGCCGAGCCCCAGUAGUUCAGGCGAACAGUGUCGAGCGCCCAAGACACCCCUCCCAGCUGAACGAGCUACAGCCACCCCCGUACCGGGCCUCCUCCCAACAGCAGUCCAGACACCAGAGCCGGGCCCAGGACUCAGAGGAGGAGGAAGAGAGCGAAGAGGAGGAGGACGAGGAAGAGGAGGAGAGCGAGGAAGAGGAGAGUGACGACCCCGACAUGCAGAAGGAGGACGCGCCGAGUGACAGCACAGCAGUCCUGGGACCGGAGGACUCUGGUGUUCCUCCUCUCCCGGCGGGCUAUGAGCCGGAAGCGCUGGGUAAGUACGGGACGCUGGACGUGGCCUUCGAGUACGAGUCCUGCGAGCAGCGCCUGGCCGUGACCGUCACUGCCGCCACAGACAUCCCCGAGCUCAAGAGCACUGGCAACGUCUCCUGGCAGGUCCAUCUGGUGCUCCUGCCCACCAAGAAGCAGCGGGCCAAGACGGGCGUGCAGAAGGGCCCGUGCCCCGUGUUCACCGAGACCUUCCGCUUCUCGCGCGUGGAGCAGGAGGCGCUGUGCAACUACGCCGUACGCUUCCGCCUCUACAGCGUGCGCCGCAUGAAGAAGGAGAAGGUGCUGGGCGAGAAGGUCUUCUACCUCACCAAGCUCAACCUGGAGGGCAAGACCGCACUGCCCGUCACCCUGGAGCCAGGCUCCUCUGCCACGGGUUGUGGCUCGAUGGUCAGCGUGUCCCGCAGUAUGGGUGCCCUCUCCUACCACUCCACAGGGGAGUCGGCCACCCCAGAGCUGCUGCUGGGGCUGCUCUACAACUCUACCACCGGACGCCUCUGCGCGGAGAUCAUCAAGGGCACGCACUUCAAAAACAGCGCCUCCGAAAAACUGCCCAUCGGCUUGUUCUGCUGUGUAAAGCAGUGCAUAGGGGGCCAGCUGUAUAUUAUGCGAGACACAUAUGUGAAGCUGAUGAUGCUGGACUCCAAGGGAAAGCAGAUGUCUAAAUGUAAGACAUCAGUGUGCCGCGGCCAGCCCAGUCCCACCUAUAAGGAGACAUUCAUGUUCCCGGUGGCGCUAUUCCAGCUGUCGGAGGUGACGCUGCAUGUAUCUGUGUACAGCCGACGCAGCAGCGUGAAGCGGCGCGAGCGCCUUGGCUGGGUGGCCCUGGGCCUCAACAGCACCAGCGAGGAGCAGGAGGAGCACUGGACACACAUGAGGGAGGCCGAGGGACAGCAGAUCUGCCAGUGGCACACGCUCAUGGGCACCUGA